GAGACCAUCUGGCGGCCAUCUCGCGUGUUGUGACCUUCAAACGUCCUGGAGGGGAGGGACGGCGGCCGCCCUCUGGGACCUCGCUGACGACGGCAACUCUUCCGCUUUGCGCGCGCGCGCGAGCGAGCUGGCGAUUGGCCGGCGUGGGCCAAAGUCAGCGAAAAGAAGGAAGCGGGCGUGAGACGAGGGCCGACGACGGACGGGACGGCGACCGAGCGCCUUGAGGAGGUCACGGCGCUUGGCGCUCCACUCGCACGCACGUCGCUACGUCGACCAGGCUCGUACUUUUGACUCUUCUUCUCUUCUCUCUAGGCCAGGCGUGCACGACGUAUUCAUCUUUUCGUGUUUAGUUUGACAAGUUUGACUGAACUUUGAUCUGAAAUACAUUUUGAUACGCUCCUACAUUUAAGCAGUGUUCAUGUUCACAACAAUAAUAAAUAUACUUUUUAGGAAUAAAGCCUUUCUUGUGUUCGACGAACACUUGGGUGUCGUAACGUCAGUCGUGACGGCGCGACCCGGAGAGAGGAGCAUUUUUGUAGGUGCGACUGAGCCUCAACUUUGAGGCGGCCCGCUAAAGCAAAUGGAACCCGUCUACGUCACCUUUGCGACUAAACGCGUUUGUCGCAAUCCAAGUCUCUCUUCACUUGAACUGCUUUUCGACGCUCUCGUUCCGAAUCCGAAUUCUCUUUAUUUAUUUGCAAAUACACGAGGAAUUUGUCUCCGGUCGUCGGAGCCGCUCAAGUACGACAACGGACGGCCAUUUCGACUUCCCUAAAAACACGCUAUGGAGUCGCUGAGCCUCCUUCUCCGCUUCCUCCCACAUCCCAAAAACAUGCAUGCUAGGUUCACUGAAUUGGUAGGUCAAUUCCUUUCUGCGUAAUUUCUCUUGGUGAUGCUCAUUUCUUUUGUCAGCUGCUUUCUGGCGCAAUUACACCUCGACGGGCGUCCUCUUUAGCCCGGCCACUUGCUGACGUUCGGCGGUCAAGUGAACCACGGCUUGUCAUUAUUGACCGUGCAAAAUGUCUUUGGUACAUCUUCACCGAAACCGCAAUAGGAUGUCCGCAAAUUCGUCCGGGCUGCCGGUUGAAGUUUCCAAGACGCUCCAGCCCGUGCGGUCUAAACAGCCUUGAAGUCGGAUCUUCGCUUCAUUGGUCCACUUCUUCGCCGUCUUCAAGUUUGCGCCCGCGUGUCGGAUGUCGGCGUGAAGCGAACGAAGCAGCGAUCGGACGAGCCCGGAGCCGCGCGGUACGCGUCGUUUAGCGUGUGGCGUAGCACUGGUCUACAAUGUUGUUUGCCCCGGUGGGACCGCCGAUGCGCUGCUUGUAUUUGGGGAGUUCGUGGUCGACUUUUGCUUUGUUAAAGCGAGGGCUGAAGCUGUGUGCUUUUUUUUCCCCUUUCUUCCCAAGUUUACUUGUCCAGCGUUCGCGUUAGCUUGGCGGGGAACGUAGACGGCGGCGAGAAUGAGAGAGGCGAGUAGAAAGGCUGACCGUUCCAAAACAGCGACUCCAAGUCCGGGCUGCAGCGUGUGUUGAGCUCUGAGACAACGGACGUCAUCGCGUUAGGAAUGGCUUUCCCGGCGGACGAGGCGACCGGAGCGAAGAAGGGGGCGACAAACGGCAGCAGCAACUUCUCGCUAGGAGGCAGCUCCGCCUCCAGGGCCACGCCCACGCCUGAUAAAAGCAUCGCAGAGUCUCCGCCCCCCACACGGAGACUGAGCUUCAGUGGGAUGUUCAGGUCUGCCUGCAGGGAAUCGAACCAGCAAACAUCGACCUCCCCCAUCGCCAUCAAAUUCUUCUCACGCACCAAGAGGAGCAAACCCAGAGCCUUCAGCCUGUCGUGCCCGGCCCCUGCGGCCCCUCCGGCCCCUCCGGCCCCUCCGGCCCCCCCGCCGCCGCCGGCCCCCCUCCACGCCCCCUCCGGCCCUGGGCGGGCGGGCGCCUUCCCCCUGGAGACGUACGCCGUCGAGCCCCGACGUCUGCGAUCCUUCUCGUCGCCCCCGGAUGCCGGACGGCGCUCGUCCUCCUCGUCCUCCUCGUCGUCAUCAUCAGCCUCAUCCUGUCACCUGACACCUUCGGCCCCACCUCUUCCUCUUGGCGGACAGGUGUGAAAGUUUUAUUUGCACCUGAAAUCGAGACAUUACUACGGAAGUGGGUUCCUGCCCCACCUGAAAAAAUAUCAAAUAAAGCUCAGUGUCACGUUAAAAUGUGAUGAAUUUGAUUUCUGCGUUCGCCUAAACAUCCAUCCGUCCAUUUUCUGCACCGCUUCUCCUCACGAGGGUCGCGGGCGUGUUGUGGCGGCCAUCCCAGCUGACUUCGAACAAGGGGCGGGGUCCACUCUGAACUGGUCGCUAGCCAAUCGCAGGGC